UUGUCAUAGGUUAACAUUGGGUUAACAUAACCGAUCUUGUUCGUACAUUCGGCCGGGCCGGUUUCUUAUCAUUCUAUUCUAUUUGACUGGAAAUUACGAGUAUGUCGUCGACGAAGAGUGGCGUGGUGUAUCUACUGCUGGCAAUUGGAGCGAUCGUGGCCACCGCUGAUCUCGAGAGCGUCAACGACGACGAACUACUGAAUCUUAUUAGAACCGAGAAAUACGUGGUCGUCCUGUUCACUAAAAGGGAUUGCGAUGCUUGUGACGAUUGGGAGAAUGAGCUGUUCGGUUUGAGGGAAGAUUUGGUCGAUUCAUUGGGAUCAUGGGUUGUCAAGGCACCCAACAGCCAGAUGACCAGAUUGUACAGUCCAAGCAAGGAACCGGUGCUGGUCUUUUUCAGGCAUGGAGUGCCUUUGCUGUACGAUGGUCCGAUGAACGAUGAGUUGAUCUUGCACACUUUCACUCAGAAUAUGGAGCCACUGGUGAAGGAGCUGAACGAUGAAACCUUUGAGCAUCUCACUCAGGUGGCUACAGGUGCCACAACUGGGGAUUGGUUUGUCAUGUUCUAUACGAAUGAUUGCGUGGACUGCCAAAGGUUCCAGGCACAAUGGGAGGCGGUCGGUGCUCAAUUAAAGUCGCGUUUGAAUGUGGCACGAGUGAACAGAGGAAGCAGCGGCGCCGCUACCGCACGUCGUUUCGACGUUUUCCAUGUACCCGCGUUCGUUCUGUUCCGGCAGGGAAAGAUGUACAAAUAUAACAUACACAAGUACGAUGUGCCGACGUUCGUGUCGUUCGCUCGUGAUUGGUACAAGAAUGUGAAGGCGGAGCGAGUGCCCCUCCCAAAAACCCCAUUCGAUGAUUUGACCGCGAUGAUCGCCGAUUAUCUGAGAAGCAACCCCUGGCUGUUUAUGGUUGGCAUGUUCACGUUCGUGGCCGGUCUGAUUGUCUCCCUGGUCAUGAAAUGUAAACAAUCCAAGAAGGCUAAGGAAACAAACAAGUCCAAGAAAAAGUAAGACAGGAUGAGACCUUUCCUACCUCUCUCCUCUCUCUCUCUCCCACAUCCACGUUUCUCCUCUUCUUCUUCCAUUUGUCAUUUCCCCCCCUUUUUUUAUUUUCAUACAGAAAGUAGAUCACACGAAUAUAUCUGGAAAUAAGAAAUAUAAAAAACUUUCUAUUACUAAUAAAAAUUGAAAAGAAAUCAAGAUUUCUGCACCAUUCUCUCUCAUAUUCCACAUUAAUAAUAAUAAAUAAAUAAAAUAAUGAGCAAUCUUUAUUCCCCAAUUGGA